CUGAAAUUUUAAUUUCCUGGAAUAAGAGAGGAAACAUCUCCCGUAACACCCAAUCAAUACUUAUUUUGUUGUCUAUAUAAACCUAGUGAUUGAUAGUCCGUUUAACGUCCAGACUUCUUUUAAUUUCUUUCCUUCCUUUGUUCUUAUAUACAUAUGUGUGUGUGUGUGUAUGUAUAUAUCACCUCUACCUGCAACCUUCUUAUCUUUCUAUUUUGGUGAUUGAUAGAUUGUAAACUUUUCUCUUCUCGGCAGAUACGUAUUACACUUCAGAGGUGAUCAUUCAGCUUCGAGGCAUGAUUUUAUCGCAACAAUUAUGGGAUGUGUAAACAGCUCUUCUGUUAGUCACUCUGAGCAUGAACUUAAGCCAAGGAACCGUUUGCAAUCCUGUACAUGCGAUGGUUGUUCUAGCAACCUGAAUCAUGAGCUUCAGGUAAAAGAUCAUUUGCAACUCGACAAAUGUGACAAUUACUGCAGCCAUCCAGAACAUAAACUUGAGAAAAAGAAAAUUUUACAUCCCUACACAUGUGAUGGCUGCAAAGAGACAGGAUUUGGAUCAAGAUACCAUUGUGAACCUUGUGACUAUGAUCUUCAUGAGGCUUGUAUGUUCCCUAGCCCCACAAUUCACCAUGAAUUUUUCAAAAAUUCAACCUUUACAUUUUUUAAAGAAUCUUCUAUACAUAACUGUAAUAAAUACAAUUGCAAAGAUCAUAAAAGAUACUGUGAUGCAUGUACAAAACCUAUAAACGGUUUUGCAUACCAAUGCAAAGAAAAAAAAUUUGAUUUACAUCCAUGUUGCAUGAACUUAAAGUCUGAAUUAAACAUUCAUGGAACAAAAUUUCGACUUCGGAAAAGUAUGGAUGUUUCAGAAAAGUUAUGCAAGUGGUGUGAUAGAAGAAAACUCAACGUUAAAGAUUGCUACUCAAGUGUUGGAGGAUUGUCUUAUGUGUCUGAAAAUGAAGACUACCAGUUUCAUGUGUAUUGUGUUAACGAAUUCAUACUUGAAUCAUUGGAAAAGAAUGGAGGAAAUGGUAAUGCAUGGGCGAAGAAUAGAGAGAAGAACAAUAAUGAUAAUGAUGAUAAUGAUUGUUUGGUUCUUGAGAAAAUUGAGCUUCCUAUUCAACGUCUGAAAAGAAACAAAAAGGAUGGUAAGUGGUGGAAGAUAGCCAAAAUAAUGGUCAAAACCAUUAUUGGCAUUCUUCUUGGUGAUCCAACUUUCCCUCUUGCAUUCAUAGAUUUGUUUACAUAACUCAUUAAUGGAGGUUGUGUUUCUAUUUCUAGUUAGAUAAAUUAGGGUUUAAAAAUUCACUAUAUAGUUUAGGGUGUGCUAUAUAUAUAUGAUGUAUUCCUUUUCAUGGGUACUUGUACCCACGUUUUGUAAAGAUCCCAGUAAUAUUUCAUUUAUGUGGAUAUUGUUAGCAUUGAUUUUCUUUCUCUCUUAAAUCUUCUCCAAUUUACUGCCUCUUGAUAAUUUUAGAUCUAUGCGCUGGCUAUAAUAAAUUGAUUAUGAUCUUGGUUUCAGUUUGGGCUUUUUGAAAUUAGGACAAUUAAGUUAUAUUUGAAACCAGACCAUUUAAUUGGAAUUUUUAAAUUUUAAAUUGAUUUGGGCUUUAAAUUUGGAUUGGUAAGGUCAUGUUUAAAAUUAAACCCAAAAACAAUUUAUUAUGGGCAUUGAGGAUCUAUUUUGAUAGAGAUAUUAUAUUAUAUUUAAUUAUAUAUAUAUAAAGAAAAAACAAUAAAAAAGUUAAUGAAAAUAAUCAGAUAUAAUCUAAAUCAGAAAAUACCAAGUAUAUCCUCACGGAGGAUGCUCAGGAGUUCAGGUAGUCAGCGUCUCUGUUGCCCUCCCAGUAUGUAUGUUAUAUGG